AUGGCACCUUUAAGGAUAUCACCAAAUGAUUUUACGGAAAAUGCAAUUUAUAAUUUUUCGACUCAAUCACCACCGAGUCACGAGACGCGUCAUCAUUGGCGUCACCACAACCACUCUCAUAUGAGGGAGGGUCAUAAGCACAAUGUGAUAGACAUGCUCUCGAAUACCAUCAUGGAGGCGAUGAAUAGUAGGUUCUUGCCUGAUAGCAUUGUGCUGCCGGACCUGGAGCCGCUGUCGACUCAUAUGGAAGGUUCAAUGGACCGUCACUAUCCUAUGAAGAUGAACGUGACAAUGAACAGGUCUGACCUAGGUGUCAUCAGAGACGAAUUUAUGUAUCGCCACGGCGGUGCGAUGACCGCGGUCUAUUGCGUGGCGUACUUGCUGGUCUUUAUUGUGGGUUUGGUGGGGAACUGUUUUGUGAUAGCUGUAGUGUAUCGCUCUCCGAGAAUGCGGACUGUGACGAACUUUUUCAUAGUGAACUUGGCUGUGGCGGACAUUCUGGUGAUCGUGUUUUGUCUGCCGGCUACCCUCAUGUCCAACAUAUUUGUCCGUGAGUACUUAGAUUAA